AGAGCACAUUUGGGGGACCCAUUCGAGGUGAUAAGCUCUUGGCUGCCUAUUUCUUCCUCCUCCACCUGCAGAUCGGGGCUCCAGUAAGGGCAGGGACAUCAGCCACCUGCUUUCAUUUGGGGGACGAGCCAUGGAAGUCUUGGGGUUUUUCCAAAUGGAAGUGAAUGGUCUCAUGGUGACCGUGGCCCUAGCUGUGGUUCUCAUGGCCCUCCUGAAAUGGUACUCCACGUCAGCAUUCUCAGCACUGGAAAAGCUGGGCAUCAGACACCCCAAGCCUUCCCCUUUCAUCGGGAACUUGACCUUCUUCCGCCAGGGUUUUUGGAAUGGCCAACUAGAGCUCAGAAGACUAUAUGGACCUCUAUGUGGGUACUAUCUUGGUCGUCGGAUGCAUAUUGUUAUUUCUGACCCAGAUAUGAUCAAGCAGGUGUUGGUUGAGAACUUCAGUAACUUUACCAACAGAAUGACAUCGGGUUUGGAGCCCAAGCCAGUAGCCAACAGCAUUCUCUGCUUGCGUGACAAACGAUGGGAAGAAGUCAGAGGUGUCCUGACUUCUGUUUUCAGUCCUGAAAAGUUGAACGAGAUGAUGCCCCUCAUCAGCCAAGCCUGCGACCUUCUCCUGGCUCAUUUAAGAUGCUGUGCAGAAUCAGGGGAUGCCUGCAACAUCCAGAGGUGCUACUGUGCAUACACCACCAACGUGGUGGCCAGUGUUGCCUUCGGCACCCAGGUGGACUCUCACAAGUCUCCUGAGGACCCCUUCGCGCUGCACUGCAGGAACUUCUUUGCCUUCAGCAUCCCCAGUCCCCUCCUGGUCCUAAUCUUAUCUUUUCCAUCCAUAAUGGUCCCACUGGCCCGGAUUCUACCCAAUAAGAACCGAGAUGAACUGAAUGGCUUUUUUACCAAACUCAUUAGGAACAGGAUUGCCUUGCGGGACCAGCAAGCAGCAGAAGAGAGGCCAAGAGACUUCCUGCAGAUGGUGCUGGACGCCCGGUGUUCCACCAGCUCCGUGGGUGUGGACAGCUUCGACCUUGUCCAAGAAGCCCUCUCCUCUGCCGCACGCAUCUCGAACCCCUCUGCACCUUGCCAGCCCCGGCCCUUGUCCCAGCCACUGACUGUGGAUGAGAUUGUGGGCCAAGCCUUCCUGUUCCUCAUCGCCGGCCACGAGAUUGUCACCAACACGCUCUCCUUCGCCACCUACCUACUGGCCACCAACCCAGACUGCCAGGAGAGGCUGCUGAGAGAGGUGGACCUUUUCCAGGAGAGGCAGGAUCCCGCAAACCUCCCUGCAGCCAGCUGCCCUGCCACCCCACAAGGCCUCCUUGGGACACCAUCACCCCGACACCUGGAGGGACCCUGCCUGCCAUCACCCUCGGGCUGUCCUUCUGAGACACCUGUGUGGGGUGCACUGGGGGUGUCUCGGGCCGCAGGGCCACACACUCGCUGGGCACGUGACCGGGGCAGCAGACACCAAGACAAAAGAAACCCGAGGUUCGGUAAGAUCCGAGGCCAAAACAAAUCACCAUGGUUAGCAGGUGCUGCCGUCACAGUCCCUGGGCUGGGACGCGGCUGGAGACGGGCAGGAACGGCAGAGAAACACGCACCAAUAAAACGGCAAUGAAUGGUGGGCGGCGAGGGAGCUCGUUUCUGUGUUGUUCCAAAACCUUGUUUAAGUGCUUUUAUUGUUUCUGUGUGAGAGAACACAAAUGCUUCUGUGAAAAUUGCUUCAGCAGAAGCCUCAUCUUCUGUGGGAGAUCUUCAUACUCCUCUGCCCACCAUGGAGGUCCUGGCCUCCACGGUGCCCACAGUCCCCUCUGCCCCCAGAGCGUCCCCUGGGCUCCCUCUCCCCAGGGACUGUGCACCGCCCAUCUCCAUCCUGGCCAUGCAGCAGGCACAAGGCGACACCAGCCAGCAAGGAUGUCAGGGUAGAGGGGAAGCAGCUCAGCAGCAAGGGAACCCAGCAG